AUGUCCUCAGCCCAGAAGUCCGCAGCCCAAUUAAGAGAGGAAGCUUCCAAGGCCGUGAUGGAGAACGGCUACCAUGUCCUUCGGCGUACUUUCAGAGUGGAAACGGACGGCACGAGCCCAGAACCCCCCUUCUUCCCGAUACCGUUCCUUGGGCUCAUCCAAACCGAUGAUCUAGACCGUUUGCCUUGUGAUAGUGAACGUUUGGAACUUACUGGCCCCCACUGGAGCCACCUAAAAGAUACAGGACCCUAUCACGACCCUGUCACUGGAAAGUCUGAUGUUAUUGUCAUGAAAUUCUCCCGCAAGGCUGGCAAAACCAACGCAAAGUGGCACAUGGACAUUGACAAACUAAGCGUUCUGGGAGGCCUUGGUGGUGUGAGCGUGGGUGGACCGGGGGAAGGGGUCCGGCAGGGCGGUAUCUCUCGGCAGCGCCGAGGAUCGGGGUCAUCAAGUUUCGUUGAGGCGCAGGCGUCAUGA